GCUUGGAUUACAGGCGUGAGCCACCACACCCAGCCCUUUACACCCAUUUUAAAGACAAUUAAAAUGGAGGCACAGGAAAGAAGAGGGGUGACUUUCCUGAGGACACUGACGAACUUGUUGAACUCCCCCAUAUAACAAGUCAUCAUCAAAGCUAAAAGCUUGUAACACUCUUGUGCCAAGCAGGGCCUUGGGCGCCUUUGUGGAUGCAACUGGUGUCUGGUAGGCAGACGCUGCCUGGCUUAGACACAGGCGCAGCAAGGAGACUGUGGGGUUUCAGUCCCUAAAAGCCCCUCACAACUAUAGGGAGUGGCACUGCAGUCAACACAUCACAACCUAUAAUAUCCCUUGGAUUGGAUUCAAUUAUUAGCCUGGUUUUCCGGCUCAAAGAGCCAAAACUUCCAGACAACCUCGCUCCACCCCCGGUCUGACCCUGCGCCCUCACUUAGACUACCCCGCCACACGGCCUAGGUCCUUCCACAUGCCCCAUUCAGACCGAGGUGUGAGCCUGUCCAGACCUGUAAAAGUGGACCGCAAGCCCGCCUCUGCCCUGGACUCCCUUUUGGGGCCGCAGAAGUCUUUCUCAGCCAUCUGGCUUCUGUCAAGCACCAGGAAACUGCCAGCCCGUUUGUGCUGAGGAAACUGAGGCUCGGGAAUGUUUAGCGGCUGCUUCCAGGCCCGUGGCGGGUGGGUGGUGGUGCAGUGAAGCACUCGAGGCGUUUCUUAGCGCCCCUACACGGGUGGGACCACCUCAGCCGUGGCCCGAGUCGGCUCGACAGUAGCCCGGAUUCCCGGCACCGAUAGCUUUGCAGCCUCUAAGUCUCCAACCCCAGGUCCCGAGUCCCGUGAGGAAGGUGGAGCCACAUUACUCCUAUUGUGUAGGUUCCCACCUGCAAAAGUGAGGUCCGGGCCCCUGGGGUGAAACCCAAAGGAAAGCGGGAUCGGGGCUGGGGAAGCGGGGGGGUUCUCAAGUCACUGAUACCCUUGCCAGCUUGGUGACCUUGUCAGUCCGGUCUGCCGGGACUAGGCCGCGGCCAGGCGGGGCACAGAGGUCCCCGGUCCGGCGCGUGUGCGGCCUGGGGACAAAAGGCCGAGCCCGCGGGGCCAAUCCGCGGGGCGGGAGCCGGCGGGCCGAGAAGGUCGCCUCGGCACGUCUAUUGGCUGGAACUGACGCCCAUCUGAUCCCCGGGACCAGGCAGUUGGCCAAAGGGGGCGGGGUUCGCAGAGCCCCAAUGAAUGGGGGAGCCGGAAGCAGGAAGUGAGUUUGCGAACGGAGCAGCAGCUGCAGCAGGGCUCAUGGCGGACACCCAGUACAUCCUGCCCAAUGACAUCGGUGUGUCUAGCCUGGACUGCCGUGAGGCCUUCCGCCUGCUGUCACCUUCAGAGCGCCUCUAUGCCCACCACCUGUCCCGUGCGGCCUGGUACGGAGGCCUGGCCGUGCUGCUGCAGACCUCCCCCGAGGCCCCCUACAUCUAUGCUCUUCUCAGCCGCCUCUUUCGUGCGCAGGACCCCGACCAGCUGCGCCAACAUGCCCUGGCCGAGGGCCUUACGGAGGAGGAUUAUCAGGCGUUCCUGGUCUAUGCCGCGGGUGUUUACUCCAACAUGGGCAACUACAAGUCCUUUGGUGAUACCAAGUUUGUUCCCAACUUGCCCAAGGAGAAGCUGGAACGGGUGAUCCUAGGGAGUGAGGCCGCUCAGCAGCACCCAGAAGAAGUCAGGGGCCUCUGGCAGACCUGCGGGGAGCUUAUGUUCUGUCUGGAGCCAAGGCUUCGACACCUCGGGCUGGGGAAGGAGGGAAUCACCACCUAUUUCUCUGGGAAUUGUACCAUGGAAGAUGCCAAACUGGCCCAGGACUUUCUGGACUCACAGAACCUCAGUGCCUACAACACCCGGCUCUUCAAAGAGGUCGACAGAGAAGGGAAGCCCCACUAUGAGGUGCGGCUGGCUUCUGUGCUCGGCACAGAGCCUUCCCCAGACUCCGAGGUGACUUCCAAGCUGAAGAGCUAUGAAUUCCGGGGAAGCCCUUUCCAGGUGACCCGGGGGGACUAUGCACCCAUCCUCCAGAAGGUGGUGGAGCAGCUGGACAAAGCCAAGGUGUAUGCAGCCAACAGCCACCAGAAGCACAUGCUGGCCCAGUACAUAGAUAGCUUCACCCAGGGCUCCAUCGAGGCCCACAAGAGGGGCUCCCGCUUCUGGAUCCAGGACAAAGGCCCCAUCGUGGAGAGUUACAUCGGGUUCAUCGAGAGCUACCGUGACCCCUUUGGUUCCCGAGGAGAAUUUGAAGGCUUCGUAGCCGUGGUGAACAAGGCCAUGAGUGCCAAGUUUGAGCGGCUGGUGGCGAGCGCAGAGCAGCUGCUGAAGGAGCUGCCCUGGCCCCCAGCCUUUGAGAAGGACAAGUUUCUUACCCCGGACUUCACCUCCCUGGAUGUUCUCACCUUCGCUGGCUCUGGCAUCCCUGCUGGCAUCAACAUCCCCAACUACGAUGACCUGAGGCAGACGGAAGGCUUUAAGAAUGUCUCACUGGGGAAUGUGCUGGCUGUGGCCUACGCCACGCAGCGGGAAAAGCUCACCUUUCUGGAGGAGGAGGACAAGGACCUGUACAUCCUCUGGAAGGGGCCCUCCUUCGAUGUGCAGGUGGGCCUGCAUGAGCUGCUGGGCCAUGGCAGUGGCAAGCUCUUCGUGCAGGAUGAAAAAGGAGCAUUCAACUUUGACCAGGAGACAGUGAUCAACCCAGAGACGGGCGAGCAGAUUCAGAGCUGGUAUCGGAGUGGGGAGACGUGGGACAGCAAGUUCAGCACCAUUGCCUCCAGCUAUGAAGAGUGCCGGGCUGAGAGCGUGGGGCUCUACCUCUGUCUCCACCCGCAAGUGCUGGAGAUCUUUGGCUUUGAGGGGGCUGAUGCGGAGGAUGUGAUCUACGUGAACUGGCUCAACAUGGUUCGGGCUGGGCUGCUCGCUCUGGAGUUCUACACACCUGAGGCCUCCAGCUGGCGACAGGCCCAUAUGCAGGCCCGGUUUGUGAUCCUGAGAGUCUUGCUGGAGGCUGGGGAGGGACUCGUUACCAUCACUCCCACCACAGGCUCCGAUGGGCGCCCAGAUGCCCGGGUCCGCCUCGACCGCAGCAAAAUCCAGUCUGUGGGCAAGCCUGCUCUAGAGCGCUUCCUGCGGAAACUUCAGGUGCUGAAGUCUACAGGGGAUGUGGCUGGAGGCCGGGCCCUGUAUGAGGGGUAUGCGGCGGUCACUGAUGCGCCCCCUGAGUGCUUCCUCACCCUCCGGGACACAGUAUUGCUGCGUAAGGAAUCUCGGAAGCUCAUCGUUCAGCCCAACACUCGCCUUGAAGGCUCAGACGUGCAGCUUCUGGAAUACGAGGCCUCAGCUGCUGGCCUCAUCCGAUCCUUCUCUGAGCGUUUCCCAGAGGAUGGGCCUGAGCUGGAGGAUAUCCUCACACAGCUGGCCACAGCCGAUGCCCGAUUUUGGAAGGGCCCCAGUGAGGCCCCAUCUGGCCAGGCUUGAGGAAGAUGUGUGUGGCCUCUCCCCCAACUCCAUCAAACCAAGGCUGCAAAUGGCCCUCCAUUCAUGUGUGUAUUUAGGGGCUAGGGGAGGGGAAGGGGCAGGAGCAUGGACCUUGGUACUACCUCAGCUGAGGGUGGUGACACUAACCGCUUCCAUUUGUCAGCACUUUCCAGCUUGCCAAAUGCUUCCCCUCUGAUCUCAUUUCAUCUGCACUGCCAUGUGUGGGGUGAGCAAGACAGGGCUCACCAUCCCGUCUACCAGAUGAGGAAAUGGCAGUUCUGAGAAGUCACUGGUCUAGAUCCCGCAGGAGGCACGUGACAGCUAGGGUUCAAAACCUUCUCACCAAAUCCAAUGCUCCUCACGUAUUAAUUUUAUAACCAGACAAAUAAAUAUCAGAGACAACCACCA